AUGGUUCGCAUCGUCAACUUGGGAAGUUCCUUUUCCGCCGGUCCUGGCAUUCCUCCACAGGUCAAUACUGCAGCCGGUCGUUCCGGUGCAAACUUCGCACACUUGCUUGCAGACGAACUACAUGCCGACCUCACAGACUUGAGCGUAUCUGGCGCUACCCUGCUCAACAUUACAGAAACACCACAAGUCGCCAAUGGUCAAACAUUCCCACCCCAAAUACAAGGCGUCCCCGAGGAUGCCGAUAUUGUCCUUGUGCUCGGCGGCGGCAACGACAUGUCUUACGUUGGCGGUCUAUUCAUGGAACACACCUGGAUUAUGACUGCCUUUUCUCUCGUGAACCGUCUGAAAGGUGCCUCGAUGCCGGACAUGCCACCCCCUGCCGAUGAUGACGAAGUCAUUAGACGCUUUGGCAAAGUCCUCGAUGCUGUCCAUGCCAAAGCACCAAAAGCACGAGUUAUCGUUGUCGAAUACUUGACUCUGCUGGGACCCGACACAAAACCUGUGGUUCAUGUUCCCUUCGACGCCGAGAGACUGAAGCGCCAUCAAGCAGUAGCAACAAAGCUUCAGAGCGCUACUAGACAGGUUGUUGAUUCUCGCUCGGAAUGGUGCGAAAGGAUACCAAUGGCCGAGUUGAGUCAAGCGCAUGGAAUCGGGAGUGCAGAGCCAUGGGUCUUCGGAUGUACGGCGAUGGAACAGCUGACAGGCAAGACCUGGUAUCAUCCCAACGCCGAGGGAAUGAAGGCAGUCGCAAGAGUCCUGCACGAGCAUAUCAACAGAAAUUGA